GUCAUACUAAUCUGACCUUACUGGGAGCGAAUGUAGGAGUACCUGUCCUAAAACAAGAAAGAUUGUAAAAGAAGAGAGUGUUUUGGAUAGGUGAAUAAAUAAAGGAACCUUACCAAACGUAGGAAUAUAUUUCAUUUUAUACGAAGAUCUAAGGGAUAAAAUCAGUUUGCGUGUACAAUAUCUGAAGGCUAAAAUUGGCUGUAACUAGAUCAACGUCUUCAUCCGCGAAGUUUUUGCUACUUUUGGUGUAAAGUGUUAGACAUUAGCAAAUAAAGCAGGAAACAUUUUCGUUACGAUGUGCUGCGGAAUCGAGUUCUCAACAUGUGUUUAGACCUGAGUUAGUAUGUCGUAGCAAAUGAGGAGUCUUGGCAGACAGGAGAUGACACCUUGUGGGCCAGUUAGGUGUACAGUGACACUUGCAUAUUAUAAGGACCUCCUUGGGCAAUAAGUGAUUCCAGCAUUGCAAGAAAGCAAUGAUGUCCACACCACUAUUUUUGUGCAAGAUGGGGAGACACCGUAUAUUGCUUGGCAGAGUUGGUGUUAGGUGACUUACUAUUUUUUUUCCCUAAAUUACAUUGAUGUCCACAAUUAAAAUUCAAUGGAAGUUCUGAAAAUCCAUGAGCAUCCUAAUCUGGUAGAAGAGUGUUGCAGUCUGAUAAAUAUGGAAUGGCCAAGGAGUAAGACAGCAAGGUUACGCACUCUUCAGCAGUCUUCAGACAGCCUGCCAAUGUCUUUAGUAUUAGUAAAAGAUCAACAUGUAAUUGGCCAUAGCAAACUGACACCUUUACCAGCAGAGCCAAAUGCAUGCUUUGUGGAAUCUGUUGUUAUUCAUCCAUCAUAUCGCAAACAAGGUCUCGGCAAGGCACUCAUGAAUGCAUCAGAGAAUGAAGCUCAAAAGCUUGGUCUUCAUACAGUCUAUUUAUCAACUAUCGACCAACAAGGUUUCUACCUGAAACUUGGAUACACAGAAUGUGCUCCAGUUUCAGUUUAUGGCUGUCCUAUAGCAAAGUGGAAUUCAUCACAUAGUAUGGUCCACAACAACAUGCUCAGUGACCUAGAACUGCAAAAUGAAGUUUCACCAUUAGACAGCAGAACUCUAACAAAAGAUACUGUGCCACUACAGCAUGCAGCUACUUCACUACUGCCAUGUCAACUACCGCCCCCUCCUCCUCCUCCUCCUCCUCCACCACCACCACCACCACCACCACCACAGUCAUUACCUUUGGCACCAACACAGAAACAAAGAAAGACUUUUAUGAAAAAAGUACUUUAAUAUGUGUUACAAUAAGAAACUUAAAAGUUUAUUGUGAGGUCCAGGUAUACAUGACAACAUACAAUAAUUUACUAUUUUUACAAAUCUUGUAUUUUCAUAAUGUUAAACUACUGCUGAUGCAGCUCUCCAUGCUGUUCUGUCCUGUGCGAGCCUCUUCAUCUCCGAAUAAAUGUUGCAACUAACAUCCUUCUGAAUCUGCUUACUGUAUACAUCUUUCGGUCUCCUUCUACUAUACACCCCCCCCCCCCACCCCCCGCCACACACACACACACACACACACACACACACACACACACUCUUCCCUCAAAUACUAAACUGGUGAUCCCUUUUGACUCAGUUGUGCCACAAAUUUCUUGUCUCCCCAAUUCUAUUCAGUACCUCAUCAUUACUUAUGUGAUCUACCCAUAUAAUCUUCAAGAUUCUUGUGCAGCACCACAUCUUAAAAGCUUCUAUUCUCUUUUUAUCUAAACAUACAUGGCUAUACUCCAUACAAAUACCUCCAGAAAAGACUUCCAAACACUUAAAUGUAUAUUCGAUAUUAACAAAUUUCUCUUUUUCAGAAAUGCUUUUCUUGCUAUUGCCUGUCUAGAUUUUAUAUUCUCUUUAUUUCAGCCAUCAUCAGUUAUGUUUCCCAGAAAGCAAAACUCAUCUACUACUUUUAGCAUCUCGUUUCCUAAUCUAAUUCCCUCAGCAUCACCUGACUUAAAUUCGACUACAUUCCAUUAUCCUUGUUUUGCUUUUGUUGAUAUUAAUCUUAUAUCCUCCUUUCAAGACACUGCCCAUUCUGUUCAACUGCUCUUCCAAGUCCUUUUGCUGUCUCUGAGAGAAUUAAAGUGCCAUUAGCAA